CUCAAGGUGUUCCAGAGUUUCUUUGUGAGCUUCAGUCUGCCGCCUGUAAUUGUCCGCGGUGAGCAGCUCGUCCUGGGGGCGGUGGUCUCCAACUAUCUCGACAUUGAUCUUGAAGAGGUUGUGGUGACACUCAAGGGAAAUAUCGGGUUUAAAAGUGUCAAGCCUAGCAGCAGUGGACUAGAGGUGUUAGAAUCUGGAGACCAGGUUAAACGGAUCAAGGUGAAAUCACAGGAGCUGGGUGUGGUCUAUUUCGCUAUCCUGGUCACAGGGCUAGGAAACAUUCCCAUUGAGAUAGCAGCACAGUCCCCAGGUGCAGCAGAUGCCAUCCGCCGAAUCCUAGUAGUCAAGCCGGAAGGUGCUCUUGUCAGCUUCAACAACCCAUUCUUCAUCAGUCUCAGUGGACAGAACAGAUUUAACGAAUCCAUAGAAUUUCCUCUGCCACCUUCUGUAGUGAACGGAUCAGAUAGGGCCAGCAUUAAAACCACCGGUGAUCUGAUUGGCUCCAGCUCUAGUAGCGUGACAGAGCUGAUAGGGCUUCCUACUGGCUGUGGCGAGCAGAGCUUGGGUAGGACUGCUCCAAAUGUGUACAUUGCAUUUUACCUGCUGGCUAUUGGUCAAUUCUUUGGCCGUCAGAAAGCGGAACUCAUCGAGUUUUUAGAGGCUGGCUACCAGCGACAGCUGAUCUACCAGAGAUUUGAUGGGAGCUUCAGUGCUUUUGGAAAUUCAGAUGAAAGUGGUAGCACUUGGUUGACAGCUAACGUCAUCACAGUCUUUGUUCAAGCGAGUGAGAUCAUCUUUGUGGACCCGUUUGUUUUAAUCAGGGCCACUGACUGGUUAGUUGAAAGACAGAACAAAGAUGGCUCCUUCAAUGAGUUUGGCAAACUCCUGGACUCAAGUAUACAGGGAUCUGGAACAGGACCUCUUUUGACAGCAACUGUUUUGCAGGCAUUGAUCAGAGUUCAGCCCCUGGCUACAACCAAUUGCUAUAGAGCAACCAGGUGGGCAAAUGCAACAGCUAACGCAAUCAGAAACCUGGAGAGUUUGGUGGACAGUGAUUCUAUCAACGAUCAGCUUUCCCUGGCAUCGGUCAGCUACUCACUAGCACUGGCCAACAGCAGCAGCAGUGCUGAAAAGGCGUUCGCCAAAUUGCUGACAUAUGCUCGCAAGGAAG